GGCCCUACAGCGAAAGAUAGUUUCCGUAUGACAACAAUGCAGUUAUUUUGUACUUUAAAAUAAUUUUACUGUCAGGAAUUGGUCGAUAUUUUUGUUUCCGUCUUCACGAUAAUGAAGCUACGUGUCCAGCUGCAGUGUAAGAAUCUGCAUGAAUACCUGAGAGAGCUGAGUCCUGAGGUUUUGGACAGACUGUACAACCAUCCAGCAACAUGUCUGGCUGUCUACAGGGAACUCCCCUCUCUGGCCAAGAAUUAUGUGAUGCGUAUGCUGUUCCUGGAUCAGCCUCUACCCCAAGCAGCGCUGGCAUUGUGGGUGAAAGUAGACAGUCAGAAGGAUCAUGAUGAAUGUGUGUCGGUGUUGGCAGGACUCCGCCUCUGGCACAGUCAGCAGCUGCAGGGUGGUCUGCAGGGAUACAUUUUAAAUCCAGUGUUCAAAGACAACCUGAGGAUAGCUCUGCUGGGCGGGGGCAAAGCAUGGGCAGAUGAGGGCAGCUCUCUGGGUCCGGACCGCCACGCACGGGACAUUGAGAGUCUGGACCGCUACGCCAUGGAGCGCUGGGAGGUCAUCCUGCAGUUCAUGGUGGGUUCUCCCUGUGCUGCUGUCAGUCAGGACUUGGCUCAGCUGCUGGUUCAAGCAGGCCUCAUGAAAAGUGAGCCAGGAGAGGCGCCAUACAUCACGUCAGCUGGUUUCCAGUUCCUCCUACUGGACACAGCCUCUCAGCUGUGGUACUUCACCCUGCAGUACCUCAAAACUGCUCAGUCCAGAGGGAUGGACCUGGUCGAGAUCUUGUCUUUCUUGUUCCAGCUCAGUUUCUCUACUCUUGGCAGAGAUUACUCAGUGGAGGGCAUGAGCGAGUCUUUACUCACCUUCCUGCAGCACCUGCGGGAGUUUGGACUUGUCUUCCAGAGGAAGAGGAAGUCGAGGCGGUACUACCCCACCAGACUAGCCAUCACUCUGGCUGCAGGAGUCACUUCCUCCUCCUCCUCCUCCUCCUCCUCUUCCAUCCCUGUUACUGGAGACACAGGCUUCAUUGUGGUGGAAACCAAUUAUCGUAUCUACGCCUACACAGACUCAGAACUUCAGAUCGCUCUGGUGGCUCUCUUCAGUGAAAUGCUGUAUCGCUUCCCCAACGUAGUGGUGGCUCAGGUAACACGGGAGUCAGUACAACAGGCCAUCGCCAACGGCAUCACAGCACAACAGAUUAUCCACUUUCUAAGGACCAGAGCUCACCCUGUCAUGCUCAAACAGACUCCAGUGCUGCCACCAACUAUAACGGAUCAGAUUCGACUGUGGGAGCUAGAGAGAGAUCGACUGCAGUUCACAGAGGGAGUGCUCUAUAAUCAGUUCCUCUCCCAGGCUGACUUUGAGGUGCUGCGAGACAGAGCUCAGGGUCUGGGCUGUCUGGUGUGGCAGGAUGUGGCUCAACGGGUGAUGGUGGUGUCACCGCACGGACACAGUGAGGUCAAGAGGUUCUGGAAACGCCAGAAGACGAACACGUAACUGUGACAGCACACCUGAUGACAGUAUUGUCUUGCUGCCACAUUUGUUCAUUGCUGUCAGUGCUGUAAGAAAGUGGAGAUGAUAUGAUUAUUUUGUAUGUUUCAUAAAAUGUCAUUUGGAUUAAAUGGUCA